AUGAGUAAGAAAUUUUAUGUUGGCUGUCUGAAAAUAAUUCCUGAACGUGUGUAUAUAUCGUACCUCAACCAUAAAUACGUCGAAUAUGCCAAGGCGAAUAUCAGACGCUACCGCAGAGGUGGUGAUUAUUAUCUAAACGGUGAAGCCAAGACACUAGACACCUGGGUGAACAACGUUUCGGUGCACCUCGUUUUUACCGAAUACCUGCACAACGAAUACCGGCGUUCCUUCAUUGAGUUCCACUACAAGCUGUGCGACCUGCUCGACAAGGAUGGAAUGAUUGGCGGCAUCCUGGUGAAAACUGGCUACACGUGUCCUCUACACAAGCGACGCAAUAAUAAAUCUCAUCACCAGGGCGUGUAUCGCUUCGGGAACCUGUCAAUUCAGACGGACAACUUUCCCAACGUGUGGCCGUUCGAGAAAGGGGGCGUGAACGUCGAGUUCGCCAUGACGUCAACAGGCGAAUCCAUAGGCUCAGGAUAUCUCAAUGGCAAAUUUGUAGAUCGAAAAAAACUGUACAAAAUGAAAACUAAGUGAUAUGUAUUAGCAGCGACGCAUUUAGGGUCUGUGGGCCUUUAGUCUACAUCUGUGGUGGGGGCCAUUUUUAGUUUAAUAUAAAAUAUUGUAUGUUAAAAUUUAAUAUUACAUUUAUUUAUUUGGGUCACUACGACACACUUGGUGAAAACAUAUCUCCAUACUUCAUCUUUUCAUCUUUUGUUUUAUAUUUGAAAAAAUGUAAAUAAUCUGAUUGUAUAAACUCAUUCGUUAAUUUACGUGUGUCAUAAAUGGCUCAAAUAAAAAGUUUAUCUAUCUAUCUAUCUAUUUAUUUAUAUGGUUUUGUGCAUUCACUUAUAAAUAUUAGGUUAUACCAAAAUGUAUACAGGCGGACUAUA